UUUAUUAGUUAUAAAAUAUUACCCAAAUACUUACAAUGUUUAGAAACCUUCGAUAAAACCGAUCAAAAUUUAUAUAAUAACGAACUUAGGGAAAUUAUUAUCGAACAAUUUCAAAAAACUCGAAAUUAUUUACAUUUAUGUUGCGUAGCUGAUUAUUUAAUAACAGAUCCACGUAAAAAUGACCGGAGUGUCGUGGAGCAAGCAUGGUUUUGGGAAAUGAUCCAAAAAGGGUUAAGCGAUUCUUAUGAUUCGAAUUGUCGCAAAAGUUCUUUAUUUUUAUUAAAAUUUUCGUUAAAUAUCAAUGAAUUUAGUUCGAAAAUUAUUAAAUACGAUAAAAAACAUGAUAAAAAAAUUUGGGAAACGUUUAUAUUUUUAUAUGAAACUUUAGACGAAAAACAAUCGCAUAUUAUACUUCCAGCGUUAAAUUCUUUGGCUUGUUUAACAGAAUUACAUUCAACAUGGCAAGUGAUUAUUUAUCGACGUUUAUUAUCACACGAUAGUUCGAUAAUACAACGCUAUGGAAUCGAUCAAAUAUUUAAGUUGGAAAAAUUAAGCUUAAAUAUUUUCAAUGAUUUAAUUGUGAAAUUAAAUGAUAUGUAUUUAUAUCAAAAAUCAGAUAAAAAUAUCAAUUUAAUGUCAUUUUUUAAACAUUUAAAAGAUGGAAAAUUAUUGGAUGCAUUUUUAUUGGAAUGUACGAAAAUUCAAUGGCAAGCUGUACCAUUCUUUCAUGUGUGCUGUGCUUUGCUAGAAGCUGGCCCUACUAGUUUCGAGGAUUCUAAUAUACAUGAAGAAACCAUACAAAAAUUGAUUGAUAUUUCGGAUAAAGUUCUAAAUUUAUAUAUUCGAAAUGCUUCACAGUGUUUAUUGCUCCAAUAUUUACAAAGUUUUAAUAAAAUUACAAUCGAAUUAUUAAAUCAAAUUCAAUAUUUAAUAAUUAAAUGUUCCAUAAACAUGAAUUCAAAAUUAUGGACCAAUACGGUAAAAUGGUUGAAAAGAAACGAUAUAAAUUUCGAUAUUGAUAAAAUUAACUCAUCGAAAAUUCUAUUGCUAUUAAAUGGUGCAAAUUAUAUUAAAAAUGAUGAUUUAUUAAAAUUAUUCGAGAAUAAGUUAAAUGAAUUUAUAAAUAUAAGCACACGACAUUCGAUUGAGGAUCAUUUAAAUGAAUCUUUUAUUUUCAUUACGGAUAUGUACGAAGAAAUUGAUACCUCAAAUGAUAUUGAAUUGAAACAAGAGAUAUCUAGUUUAGUCCAAAAAUCAAGUGCGCAUUUAUUUGGAUUCAUAACACGAAGUAUUAAUGAGAAUGAUCAUUUGGAAAUUACAGAUAUUGAUAAUUAUUUACGUCUAUGCCAAUUGCUGUUAAAAAAUUUCACAGAUGUGAAAUUAAUUUCAAAAUGUCGUGAAUCUUUAAUCAAUGAAUCGAUUUCUAUCGAAUUAAAAUAUUUUUGGCUUUCAAUAUUAAAAAUUUUAAUUGAAAACACUCAAUCGUAUCCAGAGUAUAUUUGUGAUGUACAAAAAAUACUUCGUACAUUACCAUCCAUAUCCAGCCAUAAAACGAAUCCAAAUCGACAGAUAAUCAGCUGUUAUUACAAAAUUUUAAACUCAUUAGAAGUUAUUUGUAUAAAAAAUUUCAAAGAAAUUGAUGAUUCCUCUUUAAAACAAAUUCAAACACAUAUUCUUGAAAGCUUAGAGUGUGGAGGUCGUGAAUCUGUCUCCGUAACAAUGGAAUUAAUUCAGCUAAUUUUACCAAAAUUAUUACUUAUUCAAAAUGAUAUUCAACGAUUAAUGAGCGUUUGUUGGAAUGAAACAGCACAAUUAAAAAAAUGUGAUUUAUUUUGGAAUGCCAUGUUAAAAUUUAUUCAAGCUUUCUUUCGUCAUGAAUUAUUAUUGCAUGAAAAUUUACGUUUGGAUAUUUUUCAUUAUGGUAAUAUGAUUUUGGAAAAUGGUCAACAGAUGCGUGGUUUAGCGAAAUUAUUGUAUGAUGAAUUAUUUAUUUUAAUUCUUAAGAAUGUUGAUGAUUAUUUUGUAAUCGAAUCAUUAAAACCUUUCAUUAUUAAAGGUUUAAUAUUUGGUACAAAUUUACGAAAGGAUGAAAGGAUUGAAUUUGAGACAACUGAAAUUAUUAAAAACUUAGAACAUGUUCAUAUUCUAAGUUCUGUUGAGAAUAAAUAUGUAUGGGAUCAAUUAGUACGUGUUCGUUCAAUUGAAAUAGUUUCAAUGAUUCUUAAAUCAAAGCAUCAAUCUAAAUUGAUCGAUGAAUUCUUAAAUUUAUUAAUUAACGAAUAUCGAACAAAUAAUCGUUGUAGAUAUUAUGCGAAUUCAAACACACAUCUUUUUAAAAAUCGUUUACUUCAAUCGAUGUUACUCCUACAACCUCUCUUAGAUCAAGAAGCACAAAAUUUAAAAUUAUUUGAAUUUGUAUGUGAUAUAUUAAAAAUCGAAUCACCUCAACCCAGUAUACGUUAUCAAUUGGAGUGGCUUUUAGUAUUAAUCAUACAUCACGAUUGUCAAUUAAUAGAAAAUUUACAAUCCCGUAUUCAGGAAUUUUCAUUACUUCGUAUGAGUAGUUUAAUAUCGAUUGUCAGUGUCGUGUAUCAUUUAACUCUGUUAAAUCCAAUGAAAUUUUUACCAUAUGCAAAUUUUAUAAUUUUACCGUUGGCUAUGAUGUCCAAUUUUAAUGUACGACUAUAUGCUCAGGUAACAUUUUUAUGGAUACUGGAAAAACUUGAGCAACAAACAAAAUACAAAACAAUUUAUCAAAGUUUACAACAAGCGUUAAAUCCGUCAAACGUAGUGUGUAAACCCUACGAAAAAUUAAAAAAUGAUUUUUUCUUAACAAAGUUCGACCCCAUCAAUCAUUUAACAAUUGAAACCAUCUAUCAUCACUUACCGCGUUUAACGUUGCUCCCGGACGAAGCCUUGGAUUUAAAAUAUUUUGAAACAUCAUUAUUUAAAAAUUUUAAAAAUGAUACCGAUAUAUUAAAUUCAUGUACAUCGAUAUCAUGGGGUACUAAGGAAGUGGAUGCUGUCUCUGAAUCAAGUGAAAAUGAUCUCCAAAAAAUUUAUCAAAAGAAAACAAUUCCAGUAAAGAUCGCUACUUCUGAAUUAGAUGUUAUGGAUACCACGCAAAAAUUUCAUAAAAAUUGUGGCAAUUUAAUUGUAAUCGCAUCGCUAGUUGAACGUGCCCCAAAUUUGGGUGGAUUAAGUCGUACUUGUGAAAUAUUUGGUGUGGAACGAUAUGUAAUUAAUAAUUUACGACAGGCUGAAUCAAAAGAAUUUCAGAAUUUGAGUGUAUCUUCUGAGAAAUGGUUAGAUAUUCAAGAUGUGCCCGUCAAUGAAUUAGCUGAGUAUUUAUUUGAAAUGAAACGAAAUGGUUAUACGAUUGUCGGUUGUGAACAGUCCACGAAUAGUGUUCAGUUAACUGAGUUUAAAUUUCCAAAAAGAACAGUUCUACUAUUGGGUAAUGAGAAAGAAGGCAUUCCUCCAAAUUUAUUAAGUAUCGUGGAUGUUUGCGUAGAAAUUCCACAAUGUGGUGUAAUACGUUCCUUAAAUGUUCAUGUAAGUGGUGCAAUCACUAUUUGGCAAUACGCAUGUCAGCAUUUAUUUUAUAAGAAA